AUGUUCCCAUAUACCUAGGCAGAUGUCUGUUAAACAAUUACUGGAAUGUCGGAAGUUCGGAUGAGAUAAGGUCAUGCUAAAGGAUUGAGUGUAGGCUGUUGGUGGCUUAAUGUCACUCAGUGGGAGACAGACAUGCAGGGGAUAGAUGAAACAGCUUGUUCUAAAUUUGGUGUGCAAAUAACAACCUGAUUUGAAUGGUGAGAGGAUGGUGUGAUGUGUUGGGAGAGGCAAGUUGUGGUACUAGGACGAGGCAAAAGGAUGGAGACGGAAUACACCAAGUUGCAGGUCUCUAUCGUCUUAUCCUGAGGAUACAAAACCCGAGGAACUAAUGUGUGUGUGUGUUCUAUAUAUAGGAUUCAUAGAUUCAGAAACAGGAGUGGUGUAUGCCAAGCAUCGCCGGAUGUAGAUAAAUGCUGCAUGUGCACAUUUCACCUGUCAACGUGAAGCUCAGAGCAAACGGUGGUGUUGUCAAAAUUGACCUUCUGUGUCACAGGGACAGCUUGUGACCUUUAGAAGUCAUCACUGACCAAAAUCAGGAAUAAUACCAAAAUCCAUGGGAAAAAACAGCCAAAAUUAAAACACAGAGAAAAGUUGCUUCUUUGUGUAAAUUUAAUUCCAGUUCAGUUGACAUGUCUCUGUGAGAACCUAGGAGGUUGUAAUGGAAUUGUUCAACAAGAAAUGCAGCAUUGAAUGUAUACAAGUUAAAUAUUGGUCCUGAUCUAACCUGGUGACUACAAGAGACUAUAAUGGGGUGUACAAAGAGUCAGCCUGCUCAUACUGAAGUGUCACCGCAUGGCCGCACUGCUGUGGAUCGCACGUCCUACGCUAGCAGCCAUGUGGGUGUACGCAAAAAUCUCGAUAGAGAUAUAACCCUGAUAUCUGUGGAAGGCUGGAAAAUCACAGAACCUGACCCUAAGGAGGAGGUGCUCGGAGUGGAGAGCAUUAACUUCAACAUUGCAGAGAAUACUGGCGCUCAUCACACCUCUGAGUAUGACAUCACUGACCCAGAGGAGACCGAGGAGCCCAAGCUGGUCGUCAGACGUGGACAACCGUUCGACAUCUCCAUCACCUUCAACAAACCAUACGACAAGGCCAAGGAUGAACUGAAGCUAGUCUUCCAAGCAGGGGAGAAGCCGGCACCUAGCAAGGGGACACACGUGGAGCUGAUCCUCUCAGACAAGGAUGAACCCAAGCAGUGGGGGGCGAAGAUCAAGAGGCAGAGUGACAAGGUUCUCACGGUGACUGUGUUCACCCCACCCACCUGCUAUGUGGCCAAGUGGAACUUCAAGCUUGAUGUGUUGAAGAAGAAGGAUGACAAGAAACUCAUUUUUCGCUAUAAUCACAAAGACCAAAUCUACAUCCUCUUCAACCCAUGGUGCCCAGAUGACAUGGUGUAUUUGGAAGGGGCCCAGGAGAAGGAAGAGUAUGUGCUCAAUGAAACUGGAAGGAUAUAUUGUGGCACCUCUAAAAAUGUCACCAACAAGCCCUGGAUGUUUGGUCAGUUCCAAGGAAACGUUCUUGACUGCUGCAUGUACAUCCUGGACGAGACGAGGAUGAGUUGGGCUGUACGGGGGAACCCCAUCCCAGUUGUGAGGAAGAUCACUGCUGCUGUAAACGCACCUGAUGAUUACGGUAUUUUGGUGGGCAACUGGUCCGGCGACUAUUCCGAUGGGACAUCGCCUCUUGCGUGGACAGGCAGUGUUAAGAUAUUGGAACAGUACUACGAUACAAAGAAUCCAGUCCAAUAUGGACAGUGCUGGGUGUUCUCCGGUGUCACGACAACAGUGUGCCGCGCUUUGGGUAUUCCUGCUCGGAGUGUCACCAACUUCGCAUCUGCCCAUGACACGGAUGGCUCGAUAACAAUCGACAUCCACUUUGACGAAAGUGGGGAUGCAGCUGAAGAUAUGAAUGCUGACUCAGUUUGGAAUUUCCAUGUGUGGAAUGAGGCCUGGAUGGCACGGCCUGAUCUGCCAACUGGAUACGGUGGCUGGCAGGCAGUCGAUGCAACACCACAAGAGACAAGUGAUGGAAUCUAUUGCUGUGGUCCUGCCCCUGUGCUUGCUAUUAAACGGGGAGAGGUCAACCUUCCAUAUGAUGGUCAAUUCAUCUUUGCUGAAGUGAAUGCUGACAAGGUGUAUUGGUCCAUCAAUAAAGAUGGUACUUUUGAGAAUGUCUUCGUUGAAAAAAAAGGUGUUGGCAAGGAGAUCAGCACAAAGAGUAUGUUGGACAGCCAGAGAGAGGUCGUCACUAACGCUUACAAAUUUUUGGAAGGCAGCGAUGAGGAGAGAGUGGCAGUGUUGAAGGCUAACCAGGUCGGGUCCUGCCGCCAGGACAUCUAUGUGAAAGGAACUGAGGAUGUGCAAUUUGAAUUUGAUCAUAGUGAGGAUGCCUUUGUUGGCCAAGGAUUUGAUGUGAUCCUUAGAGUCAAGAAUAACAGCAAGUCGGAAAGAACUCUUAAGAUAUUUAUGGCAGCACGGACAAUGUACUACACCGGUGUGUCUGCACAUCGCAUCAAGUCACAGAAAUUUGAUGAAGUCCUCAAACCUGAGAGCUGUACUGAGAUGAAAAUGACUGUGCAAGUGGAAGACUACCAAGACAAGCUAAAGGAUAUGUGCAUGCUCCAGCUGACUUGUAUGGCCCGUGUGCUGGAGACGGGGCAGGCCUUUACCAACAUGUGUGACUUCAGACUCCGUAAACCCCACCUGGAAAUCAAGGCCCCUAAACAGGGGAAGGUUGGGACGAAGAUGUCUGUGGAGAUUUCCUUCACCAACCCCAUGGCGCAGACACUGACUGGAUGUGCGAUCCAGAUAGAUGGCCCUGGCCUCCAGAAACCUCUCAAAAUCAAACAAGAAUCCGUUGGUCCGAAGCAGACAUUUAUGACGUCAGUGGAUCUGACUCCAAGGAAGAAAGGAAAACGAGAGAUUGCCAUUAUCUUCAGCUCAAAACAGUUGGAAGAUGUGAAUGGAUGUCAUAUGAUAGACGUCAAAGCAAAGUAAUAAGUAUAUGCCUUCGGCGUAUGCCUUCGGUGUAUGCCUUCGUUGUGUGCCUUUGGCGUAUGCCUUCGGUGUGUGCCUUCGUUGUGUGCCUUCAGCGUAUGCCUUUGGCGUGUGCUUUUGGCGUGUGCCUUCGGUGUAUGCCUUCGUUGUGUGCCUUCAGCGUAUGCCUUUGGCGUGUGCCUUCGGUGUGUACCUUCGUUGUGUGCCUUCGGCGUAUGCCUUUGGCAUAUGCCUUUGGUGUGUGCCUUCGGUGUUUGCCUUGGUGUGUGCCUUCGGCGUAUGCCUUCGUUGUGUGCCUUCGGCGUAUGCCUUCGGCGUAUGCCUUUGGUGUGUGCCUUCGUUGUGUGCCUUCGUUGUGUGCCUUCGGCGUAUGCCUUCGGUGUUUGCCAUGCAGCUGCAUAGGCAUAAUGAUGCAUGGAUCAGUUCUUGUCAGUGUUGCAUCCUUUAUGUUAGUAUUAUGUUCCAGGGGGUUUUGAGGAGUGAUUCAUGACUUGUCAUUAUAAUGCCAUUCAUAUGCAUAACAGGGCCUUGUUCCAGUAAACAGUCUUAAUGCACAAAUAUGCUCUACUGCCUUAUUAACAACUUUGUUGUCAACGAGGUUUGUUUGUUUGUUGUUUAACGCCGCACUCAGCAAUAUUCCAGCCAUAUGACGGCAGUCUGUAAAUAAUCGAGUCUGGACCGGACAGUCCAGUGAUUGACAUCAUGAGCAUCGAUCCACUAAAUUGGGGUACGAUGACAUGUAUCAACCAAGUCAGCGAGUCUGACCACCCGAUCCUGUUAGUCGCCUCUUACGACAUGCAUAGUCGCCUUUUAGGCAAGCAUGGGUUGCUGAAGACCUAUUCUACCCCGGAUCUUCACAGGUCUGUCAACAACGUAUUUUCACUUUGUCAAAAGACAGCAUUCAUCUUUUCUUGUCAUAUAUUUGUCAAUAUAAUCUCUUUACGUUGUUAAAAGAUAAAAGUUAUCAAUUCUUGUCAUGUGUAUGCCAACAAAGUGUUUUCACCUUGUCAAAGGUAAAUUGACCAAUUAUUCUCAAUUUUUUGUUGAUAAACUGUUGACACCUUAUCAUUUUCUUAUUUUAUUAUAUAUUUUAUUUUCAAUUUGAAUAUUAAAUUUCAGAAAUAUUUUAUACAUCUUGAUCGCAUCACCUUUUGGGUGAAGGUCAAGGUCACUAGGGGUCACAUUGUGGGGCAGGAUACACCAACCUUUUUACAAACACCUGGUAUCGUCACUAUUUGGUAGUGAUUCAUAAACACUUGCUCAUGAUGUGGUCGGAAUCAUACAAAAGACUCUACUUUUGUCACUUUUAUUAUUGUGAAUCAUGGCACACAUUUCAGGAUUUUAUUACAAAGGACAACAGCAUAUAAAGAGUGCCACCAUUAACGUCAAGUGCUUCCUGCCGCCUCCUGUAGUGUCUGGGGUUCAGAAUAACCCUGUAGUACUUAGAAAUCCAACUAAUCCCAUGCGUGUUCUGAUAUUUGGUCUGGUAUUGUUUUGAAGAUGAUGUUAGCAUGAUUCAUGUGUGGCUGUAAGAUUUCAUCCACAGAUUUCUGAGAUUUCUGUCCACAUAACGUGUACAAGACCAGGGGGUAUUAAUAAUGAAUACGAGCAAUAUACACCGGUAGCCCAUGAAAUAAACUACCCUCCUUAAUAUCCAUUGUUUUUCAUUAUAGUUUGGAACAAUAUUAACUGUUCCUUACAUGGUUACCCUUUUUGCAAACACCUGGUGUCGUCACUGGUUUGGGGUGGUUUUCACCGUUAUAUUGGCUUUUUGGCCCAGUGGAGUCGUUUUGGCAGGUUAUUGAGACUGGUUAUUGUCUUGCAUUGAUGUUUUAUGUUUACAUUGUUUAUGCUGAAGAUAUAACAAGUGCUGAUAAGCUCCUUACCAAAGACUAUUUAUUCUGUACUGCCGUCAAUAUGCUUCCAGUUGAUAACGAUACCACCAACCUCUGUUUUACAAAAAUGAUAUUUGCAAUUUCUUGAGGUAAUUUUUUAAAUUUUGGCUCUUAGACCUGUAUGCUAUCACUGAUCUUUACCUAUUGAAAUAUAAAAUAAACCAUGAAAAAUUUGUGUCACUGACCUUGAGAUGUCCUUGCCUGGAGUUGUAAUGUGGUUGAAUCAUGACCAGAUCGGCAAACAAGUCCUACUGGUUUAAAACAAAUGCUUAUAAUCAAAUACAUUCAUUUUAUUUUUAAUAUAUACAUGUGAUAAAUGUAACAUUGAUGCAUAAUUAGUUAAGUUUGACUGCAUUUAGAUCACUACAGCUGAAUCAGAGGUAACAAUGUACAAUUUGACAAAAUCUAGAUCUGAUGUUCAGGUCAAUUUUUUACAUAGUGACAUUUUUUGGUUUAAUAAAUAUUUGAAUUCUUUGACAGUAUUCAGAUUGGUGAAUUCCUCUAGGUUUUUGCAAAGUUUGACCGUUUUUGAAAAAAAGGAGUUUAGGUAAGAGUUUGUAGUGCAUCGAAUUGUUUGUAGUUUUUCUUGAUUUCGUAGACUAUAUACUUGCUUGUAUUAAUAAAAUCAAAGAUGGUUAACCAUUUCAUAGAAGAAGGAUGAUGAUUUACAAUUUUUCAUUGUUUGUUUCUUUUGUCAUUAACAAAUAUGUGUAAUUCAUGAAUAUGUCAUAAUAUAUAUGUGCUGUUUAUCAUUGCAGUAUAGAACAAUAAAUAAUCUCUCUGAA